UGGUGAGUGGAUAAGAUGGUGCGUGGUGAUGUGUUGAUAUCAGGUGAGGGUGAUCCUGACUACUGGCAAUAAUGACUGCAGGUGAGGCCAGUCUGCGUCGGCAAGCAGGAGCAGGUAGAAUGAAGCCACUAACGUUCCGAAAGGCACUAACCGUGAAGAAUGCCCUGGUCAGAGAGUGCUUGGCAGAGCUUCUCGGAACCUUCGUUUUACUGCUGUUUGGCUGCGCAGCGGCUGCCCAGGUGAAGACCAGCCGCGAGACCAAGGGUCAGUUCCUGUCGUCCAACCUGGCUUUCUCUGUGGGGGUCAUGGCCGCCAUGUACCUCUCCAAAGGGAUCUCAGGAGCUCACCUGAACCCUGCGGUGUCUCUGAGUUUCUGUGUGCUGGGUCAGUGUUCCUGGAAGAAGCUACUGCCGUACUCUCUCGCCCAGUUACUGGGGGCCUACCUAGCCUCUUGGCUCGUCUAUUUGGUCUACUAUGACGCCAUAAUGGAGUUCAGUGGGGGUGUUCUGACCGUGACCGGGCCCAAUGAGACAGCCUCUAUUUUUGCCACUUACCCCAGCGACUUCCUUUCCCUGCAGAGAAGCUUCCUGGACCAGGUGGUGGGAACGGCGAUGCUGAUGUUGUGCAUCCUACCUUUGGGCGAGGAGAAGAACACCCCUGCCCCUCCUGGUCUCAUUCCGCCCAUCGUGGGCGGCAUCGUCCUGGGGAUCAGCAUGGGCAUGUCCUCCAACUGCGGAGCGGCCAUAAACCCUGCCCGUGACCUGGGCCCCCGCCUCUUCACGCUGACCGCAGGCUGGGGAACAGAGGUGUUUAGCUGUUCUAACUACUGGUUCUGGGUGCCCCUGGUGGCUCCCAUGAUUGGAGGAGUGCUGGGGUCCGUUAUCUACAUCCUCUUCAUUGACUUGCACCUGCCCGAAACAGAGGCCAGUGAGGCCACGGGUGAGCCAGCAGUCACUGACCUGAAGCCCUGGAUGGUCUCAGGCACUGAAGAACUCAAGGGCAAGUCUGAAUCGACUGUCAUCAAAGAAGAGAAGCUAUAGACCCACGUUCUUCUCACAGGGACAUGACCAGGCCUUGCAGGCUGCUCCCUCUCUAUCAAUAUCACCCAGAGGCAUUCAACUUAUUUUUUAUAAGAAGUCUGUUCUGUUUUUACUGUCGGUUUGCUUAUUGAAAUUCAUAUCAAGUUUAGUUUACCAGAGAGUAUCUAGUAUACACAGGAAGCAGUGUUCCCCCUACAAUGUAUUCAUCAGCGGCGCAGCGCCACUCCUGGAAUUCAAGCGCCACUGCA